AUGGGAUUGAAAAGGAAGAAGCAACAUGAGGGAAGCAGCAACAUGGUUAGGGGAGAAGAUAGGAUCAGCGGAUUACCUAGUCCCAUCCUCCACCACAUCCUAUCGUUCCUUCCAUUCAAGAACAUCGUACGUACCUGUGUUUUAGCUAAACGUUGGAGGUUUGUAUGGAUUUCUGUUCCCAAUCUUGUUAUUGGUCAUUGGCGUUCUCCUACUAACACUACCAGAGGUCCCAGAACCAACAUUUCGAAGGAGACUGAUCGUUUCAUGAAUUUUAUGGAUAGAUUGUUUGAGUCUCGUGAUAUGUCUAAUAUAGGGAAAUUCUCGCUCUCUUGCGAUAAACACUGUGAUGAAGAUAGGGUUCAUUCAUGGCUAACUGCUGUCGCAAGGCGUGAUGUUGAAGAGCUCAGUUUAUUAUCUGAGGAUGAAAGAGAUUCCUAUAUGAUUCCUUCACUUCUUUUUACUUGUGAAACAUUGACUUUGUUGAAGAUACAUAUGCCGAUUUCUCUCAAUAUUCCUACCAAUGUGCACCUUCCAAAACUCAAGGUCCUUCGACUUAUAAAUAUUGUAUUUACGGAUGGUCCUUCGAUUGAGAAACUAUGUUCUAACUGCCUAAUCCUGGGAGAAUUGGAAAUAAACAACUGCAUUAUUGAAGAUAUUACAGAGUUAAGUAUCUCAUCUCAUACAUUGAAGCGCAUUGAUGCACGUCUAUGUGGCGAGGAUAACGGGUGGAAACUAACUACAGUGCCCGAGUGUUUGUUGUCGCAUCUCAGGGUGCUUGAAUUCCGUCAAUUUUCUGGAGAUCAAAGAGAGCUUGGGGCGGUAAAAUUAUUUUCUGAAAAUGCAAGAGUUCUUCAAAAGUUAAUCAUAUCUCCUUCUUCAGCUUUAUCCAGAGAUCUGAGUAGCAAAUCGCAAGUUAAAGAGCAGUUACAAAUGCUUCCAAGGGCCUCCACAAAUUGCAAGUUGACUUUCAAGGAAGAGACAGGAUAG